AUGAGCAAUUUGUAUCACUUUCAGAUACCAAAAUAUGGCCCUAGGUUUGUUCUCUACUCAGGGCUUGUUCUUUGUGGGGGAUCAUUGGUUUUAUUUGGGUGAGCCAAAACGCUGAUUUUAAUAAGUAUGAUUUCUGUAUUUAAUUAUACAAUGAAUCCUUAAGUCGUCAUCCUUCUUUCUUCUCAUUAUUCUUUUACUUGAAAUUAUAAUAUUGUGAAGAAAAAUUUCUCUUUGGUCAAUAUUGGAAGUGAAAAGACUAACUCUUAGAAGUAGCACUUUUCCAGUGGCUUGAUAAACUAGACAAGACUUAAGCAAGCUAAGAAAAUAUGCUGAUUAAUGUGAAAGAUAGUCAAUUUGAAAUGGUGUUGAAAAUUAAGUUUGAAAAGACCUAAAGUGAAAAAAUAAGAAGUUCAAGCCAAAGAUCUUGCUAAGACUAAGAGCAGUCUCUCCUUUUUGGCGAAGUCCGUCGCGCGAUUAAAAACAAUUCUACGAAAGAAAGAUUUUAUGUUAGCGCGCCGCGGGGAACUCUGGGAGUGAGGCGUAGAGGAAGGGACUACAGCGUAAGCCAAAGAGUUUGACCUUGCACAGGUGAGUGACUUUUAACCUCAAUGGCAUUCCUUAUCUUAAUUACCAAUCAAUUUUCAUAUCGUCGCAACGCUCGGGUGAUAUCAAGAGCUCU